AUGGAGAGCCACGGAGAUCGUGAAUCCAGAAGCUCCAGGGCUAGUGAUUCGCCCGGAGACACCAUGAACGAAGUGUAUGCUGCAUGGCAUGAAAUGUUAGAAGGCGAAUCGGCCGGGUUGGCGGCCCGCGUAGCCGAGCUUGAGGUCCGAUGCGCCAGGCAGGCUGAAGAACUCCUUUGUCUGAGGUCAACGUUGGCUGAUGCUCUGAGGAGACUCAACGCACUCGAAGGAAGGGCACCCACCGCACCUGCCACCCAGAGAAACGGUGCUUAUACUGGUUCCACCGGUACACCUACGAGGGAACUUCGAUUGCGGCAGCCUUCAUACCGUGAAACUGCUAAGAGGACGUCCAGCUAUGGAUCAAGCACUUCCUCAUUACCUCAAAGGCGUGGUCCGCAGCACCAGUCGACAGGGUCGCUGCAGUCGGACUCGCCCGCAUCAUCCUCGUCGCUGUCUCCUGCGCCGUCGCCAUCCCCACGUGCCACGCCUGCGCCCGCGCACCUGCCGCACGCGCACACCGCUCACACCCAACAUCACUACAGAUCACGAAACAACUCUACGUCCAGUAACCAGAGCCCGUCUCCGGGGACAAACAACCUGACGAAAAGGUGGAACUCCACGGGCGACUUCAACGCGCAAGGGCUUAUAGCUACCAGCAGAUUCACAACAACAAAGUCAUUGCUAAACCUAUAUUCUAAGCCGUCACAAAAUGGACCGAUAUUGAAACAUGGCACACACACAUGCCAAUACAACGAGGAAGAUGGGUCUAUGCGUAUGUACCUUCGCGGCAGACCCGUGGUGAUGUACGGGCCUAGCGACCAAGAGGGUUUGGACCCAGCAAAAGUAGCGCCUCCGCCGCCGAACAAGCUCAAGUUAGAGUGGGCGUAUGGAUACAGGGGCAAAGAUUGUCGCAGUAACCUGUACCUGCUGCCAACGGGAGAGAUAGUAUAUUUCGUGGCAGCCGUCGUUGUGUUGUUCAACGUUGAGGAGCAAUGUCAACGGCACUACACCGGACACACUGAUGACGUCAAGUGUAUAGCUGUACAUCCAAACAAGCUGAUUAUAGCUAGUGGACAGUGCGCUGGACAUGAUCGACUUGAUGCCAGGCCGCACGUGCGCGUUUGGAACUCAGUGUCUCUGGCGACGCUGGCCGUGAUUGGCGCUGGACACAUGGAACGAGCCGUGGCGUGUCUCACGUUCUCUCGUGCCGAUGGCGGCGCCUUACUUGCUUGUGUGGACGACGGGCCGGACCACACCAUCUCCGUCUGGGAGUGGCAGAGACCUGAUAAAGGACACUGCAUUGCUGAGACCAAGUGUUCAGUAGACACGGUUGUGGCAGCAGAAUUCCAUCCCCUGGAUCGCAACCAGAUAGUAACGUGUGGUAAGAGCCACAUCGCUUUCUGGACUCUAGACCAAACCAACAUGCUGUACAAACGGAUGGGUGUGUUCGAAACCAGGGAUAAACCCAAGUAUGUUACGUGUCUUGGGUUCAAUCAUAAUGGAGACGUAUUGUCUGGCGAUUCAAACGGCAAUAUAAUAGUGUGGGGGCGAGGCACCAACACUAUCUUGAAGCUGGUGCGUGGCGUUCAUGACGGCUCCAUUUUUAGUCUGUGUUGCCUAAAAGAGGGCCAAAUCGUUAGCGGCGGUGGCAAGGACGGUCGCAUAGUACUGUUCGACCCUGAAAUGAAUGCCGCAGGCCAGGAGAACGUGAUCGAGGGCCACUACGGGGGCGUGCGCGCGGUGGCGGAGGGGCGCGGCGCGCAGCUGUUCGUGGGCACGACGCGCAACUGCGUGCUGCACGGCGACCUGCAGCUCGGCUUCGCGCCCGCCGUGCUCGGUCACGUGGAUGAGCUAUGGGGUUUGGCGACUCAUCCGACCCUUCCACAGUUUGUGUCUGCCGGCUGGGACAGGCUUCUCCAACUGUGGGAUGGAUUGAGUCACUCCACCGUUUGGAGCAAGGAUAUUGAGGAGCGUGCGCAGUGCUGUGCGUGGUCCCGCGACGGCUCCGUCAUCGCCGUGGGCUGCCUCAACGGGAAGUGGCUCGUGUUCGACCCCCAGACCAGGGAGCAGCUGGCGCAACACCAAGAUGGCACGGAGCCGAUCCAGACGAUCCAGUACUCGCCCGACAACCAGCUGGUGGCGCUGGGCUCGCGCGACAACUUCAUCUACGUGUACCGCGUCGAGCAGGACGGCGCCAGAUACUCGCGCCAGGGGAAGUGUCUGGGUCACUCGAGCUACAUCACCCACUUGGACUGGUCUGAAGAUAGCCAGUACAUACGAAGCAAUUCUGGCGAUUAUGAGCUUUUGUACUGGAACGCCACAACAUGCCGCCAGAUCCCGUCUCCAACUCAGCUCCGGGACGUGACGUGGUCCACAAACACUUGCCCCAUCAGUUUCCAAACUAUCGGCGUGUGGCCCGAGAACGCUGACGGCACUGACAUCAACUCUUGCACCAGGUCCAACGACGGUCGCCUCGCGGCCACCGGCGACGACUUCGGGAAAGUCAAAUUGUACGCCUACCCUGUCACACAGCCUAAGUCGCUGUGCCACCAGUACGGCGGGCACUCGUCCCACGUGACGUGCGUGCGCUUCCUGCCCGACGACUCGCGGCUCAUCUCCACCGGCGGCCUCGACACCAGCCUGCUGCAGUGGCUCGUCGACUGA